AUGAAUAGCCGCCUCAAGGAGCUGCUCGCCAAUGGCGAGGAGGUGACCGACGCAGAGGAAGCCAAGAUAUCCCCCCCCGGUAACCUGGGUUUUCUCGAGCCACGCGCACCCACUGUUGACGUGACAAUCCGUGGCGCUGAAUAUACGGUUCAUCAGUCGCCAACUCUGCUAUCCUCCUCCCGCGCCGGAGGUACAACAGGAGCUGUCCUUUGGAAAAUCACCCCUUUCUUCGCCGACUGGAUUUCCUCCGCUUCCAACCCUCUCUGGACCCAUUCCUUCCUCUCCUCGGACUCCGUCGUCGCAGAGCUCGGCUGCGGCAUCUCGGCCCUCGUCGCCUUGGCCCUGGCUCCCUCCGUGAAUCACUACCUUGCCACAGACCAAGAGUAUGUCCGCCGGUUAUUUCGUACCAAUUUGGAAGAAAAUGCCUCCGUGAAUAGCACCACCUUAUCUACAAAGCAAAAAGCCACCAAGUCACGCGGCGCUAAGCCCGCCAAGAAGCAGUCUUCCUCUGCCAACAAUGAACCCCGCAAUGUGACCUUCACCACUCUGGACUGGGAGCUCGAUCAACCCGAAUUGCUAAAGGGAUGUAUUGGCACCGAUUCCGGUGGUCAUGAAGCAGAAACUGAUACUGAAGAGGACAAUGGCUUCGACUUGAUCCUGUCAUGCGAUUGUAUCUAUAACGACGCCCUCGUCACGCCGUUCGUGCGCACCUGUGCAGAGAUCUGCCGGUUACGGCCUGCCUAUGAACCCUCUGACGAGAGUGAAUCCCCAUCACCAUCCACUCGUCAGCCGACUAUCUGUAUUGUGGCACAGCAACAGCGCGCACCGGACGUCUUUGAAGCCUGGUUACGGGAAACACUACGAGAGUUCCGCGUGUGGAGGCUGAGUGAUGACGUUCUUGUCGAAGGCCUGAAAAAUGGAUCUGGGUAUCUUGUGCAUCUCUUAUUGGCACGAUAG